AGUGCGGUGUUCCGAGGUCCCCGUCGGAUACGUCCGGCCCCCCUGGUCCACUUCGCCGCUCUCUAGACGUAACUUCUUUAUCUAUACAUCCAAGAUCAAGAUCCGGACACCGCCACUGGUGGAGGCGGUUGCCGGGAUGGAGGGCGCCGAUUACCUGCACCUGUUCGUGGAGGAGACUGACUGGUACAACGGUGUCGUUCUCGAUGCAUUCAUACCUGGCGGUGCCUGGAAGCGCCUCCCCCGCCCUCUCCAGUCGUGGCUCCGCAACUACAUCGGCGGCACCCUCCUCUACCUCGUCUCCGGCUUCCUCUGGUGCUUGUAUAUCUACUACUGGAAACGCAACGUCUACCUUCCCAAAGAUGCUAUACCUUCAAACAAAGCCAUGCUUUUGCAAAUAAUAGUUGCAAUGAAGGCUAUGCCUUGGUAUUGUGCUCUUCCAACACUUUCAGAAUACAUGGUUGAAAGAGGAUGGACCAGAUGUUUCUCUAGUAUAACCGAAGUUGGUUGGCCUGCCUAUGUUGCUUAUCUGACAAUAUAUUUGGUCUUUGUGGAGUUUGGAAUUUACUGGAUGCAUAGAGAGUUGCAUGACAUAAAACCAUUAUACAAAUAUCUUCAUGCAACACAUCAUAUCUACAACAAGCAGAAUACACUGUCACCAUUUGCUGGAUUGGCAUUCCAUCCAUUGGAUGGGAUACUGCAGGCGUUGCCACAUGUGAUAGCCCUCUUCAUUGUCCCGACCCAGUUUAUGACUCACGUACUUCUCCUGUUUUUUGAGGCUCUGUGGACGGCAAACAUUCAUGACUGCAUCCAUGGUAAGGUGUGGCCUGUCAUGGGUGCUGGCUACCACACAAUCCACCACACCACCUACCGCCACAACUAUGGUCAUUACACUAUAUGGAUGGACUGGAUGUUUGGAAGUCUUCGUGACCCCGAGGAAGAACCCAAGAAGGUGGAGUAAUCCAGGUCCAGUGUACUUUAGCCUUUCUUAUGAUCAGACAGGCCAGGUGGACCUGCUUAGUCCUCAUGUCUAGUGGUCUCAGUCUCUUUUAUGGAUAUGAUGCUUGUUUAGUUGCUGUAUAAUUACUCAGGGACCUUUUUAACUUUGCUGUGAAAUGAUUGAUGGAAGUGCGGACUGUUCUGAAAACUUCAGUGAGUUUAUGGAUGAACGACGGACCAAGGAUGCACCAUUUUUUAUCA